ACACUGGCUACACUGGAACUGAGCUUCUUUCUCCGUCUUCCAUUCUCCCCUUCUUUUAUCUCUCUUCCCAAUCCUCUCGUUUUCCUACUGCGACCACCCUUACGACGUAUAAACAAUAUAUUUAUGUGAGCCUGCUAGAUCGCCACCAUCAUUCGCAGACCCCCCUAACCCUAGAUCUCCAUAAUUAUGGCGCCAAGAAAAGCUCGGGAGCCCCACCUGUUCCUGGAGUCCAUGUACUCAGUUAUUGCACUCCUCUUCCUCCUCGUUACUUGUGUUGAGCUCUGCGACGCUGCCACCGUAGUUGACGUCUACCGCCUGAUUCAGUAUGAUAUGUCCGGGGCUCCAUUCGGAUCUCGACUAGCUAGCCUCAAUCACCAUGCCGGCUCUCUCCACUUCUCUCCCCAUGCUGAUCUCUCACGCACUGUGCUCGUCAUACCGCUUCGCGAGUUGAACAUGACAUUUGUCAAAGAAUAUAUCGUUGAAAAGAAGCCACUGGGGGGCUUAUUAUUUUUGCUGCCUAAGAUGUUCAGUAUAGAAAAUAAAGGUGGCUUGAGAAGUGAUCAUCAAGAUGAUGGUAAGGAGCAGCUGAAGAAUGUGUUGGCUGAACUUGAACAGAUACUAAUACACAACAACUUACCUUACCCUGUGUAUUUUGCUUAUGAGGAUGACAACAUUCAUGCUGUGUUAGCUGAUAUAAAGAAAAAUGAUGCCACUGGCCAACCUGCUACUGCAACUAAUGGCGGAUACAAGUUUGUUGUUUCAGCUCCGGAGCCAAAGAAAGUCGCAUCUCCUACAAUUACAAAUAUUCAGGGAUGGUUGGCGGGAAAGAAGAUGGAUGAUGAUGCUAGUCAAUUACCCACCAUUGCUAUAGUGGCAUCAUAUGACACUUUUGGGGCUGCUCCUGCAUUGUCAGUGGGAAGUGAUAGUAAUGGAAGUGGUGUUGUGGCUCUCCUUGAAGUAGCUAGGUUGUUUUCUCUCCUCUAUUCUAAUCCAAAGACAAGAGGACAUUACAAUCUACUCUUUGGACUGACAUCUGGUGGGCCAUACAACUACAAUGGAACUCGUAAGUGGCUUCGCAGCCUUGAUCAACGUAUGCGUGAAAGCAUUGACUAUGCUAUCUGCUUGAAUAGUAUUGGCUCAUGGGAAAAAGAUUUGUGGAUUCAUGUGUCCAAGCCUCCAGAAAAUGUGUAUAUAAAGCAAAUUUUCGAAGAUUUUUCUAGCGUGGCAGAAGAGUUGGGCUUCACUGUUAAUCUAAAGCACAAGAAAAUAAAUAUUUCAAAUCCUCGAGUAGCUUGGGAGCAUGAACAGUUUUCUAGGCUGAGAGUUACUGCUGCCACCCUCUCUGAACUCUCCACUGCACCUGAGUUGCUAGAAAGGACGGGGGGCCUUGUUGACAGCAGGCAUUUUGCUGAUGAAACUGCAGUUGUCAGGAGUGUGAAGUUAAUUGCUGAGAGUCUUGCGAGGCAUAUUUACAGACAUCAAGGAAAAAACAUUCGGGUAUUCGCAGACAACAGUAGUUUGGCUGUAAAUCCUUCUUAUAUUCAAUCAUGGUUAAAUGUGUUGUCACAAACACCUCGGGUGGCACCAUUUCUGUCAAAAGAUGAUUCUUUUGUUGCUGCACUGAAAAAGGAAUUAGAAGAUCACACUGACCAGGUUGAUCUGCAACGAGAUGUGCUAGAUGGCAUGUUCACUUUCUAUGAUUCAACUAGGGCAAUGCUAAAUGUAUAUCAGGUUGCCAGUGUCACAUUCGACCUUCUGUUGCUGUUAGUAUUGGGUUCAUAUUUAAUUUUGCUCUUCAGUUUCUUGGUCAUCACAACUAGGGGCCUUGACGAUCUAAUCAGCUUAUUUCGACGUCCUCCCUCACGAAAAGUGAAGACCGCAUAGUGAUCAUAGGCCAGAUUUUCCAUCAAGGUUUGGCCAUGUAUUGCAAUUUCCAGUAGAACUUUAGGAUGAGUCUCUAGCGAACUGCAUAACGUUGAUUGGUUGAGAGGUUGGGAACAGCAAGAUGUAUGAUCUGUGUUCUGCGAAAAUGAGGACUCCUAGGCUCAAGUAAAAUUUUGAUGUUUAUUUUGAAAAUAUUGUUUGCUGCGUUUUGGCAGAUCAA